UUUUCUUCUAUAAAGGGAAAACAAAUAGACCCUUCUAACACAAUCACUAAUUUUUGUAGAAAAUAAAGAUGGAAACCCUAGUGAGCUCCUCAAUAGUGGGGUUGAUGGUGUAUUUUGUUGUUAGAAUUUUGUACAACGUUUUGUUGAAACCAAUUUAUCUUGGAAAUGUUUUGAAGAGACAAGGGAUUAAAGGCACUCGCUACAAAUUUCUUCAUGGUGACAUGGAAGAGAUGAGAAGCUCCGCCAUAGAAGCUUUGUCCAAACCUAUGUCACUCAACCACGAAAUCGCUCCACGAGUCUCCCCGUUCUUUUACCACAUGUUGCAAAAAUAUGGAAAAGUAUGCAUGAGUUGGGCUGAAUCAAAACCAAGGUUGAUAAUAGGUGAGUCAGGGUUGAUAAGAUCAAUAUUAAACGACAAGAAUGGUGAGUUCAUGAAGCCACCACUGAACCCUCUUGUGGAUCUUCUUCAGUUGGGACUUGCAUCCUUGGAAGGUCAACAAUGGUCCCAUCGCAGAAGACUUAUUACACAUGCCUUUCACCUUGACAUGUUGAAAGGAAUGUUACCUGCAUUUUCAACAAGUUGUUGUAGCUUAAUUGAGCGGUGGGAGAAACUAAUGAGUGGUGAAGAGUCAAUUGAAGUUGAUGUAAUGCCUGAGUUUCAUGUUCUUGCUGGUGAUAUUAUUGCUCGAACAGCUUUUGGAAGUAGCUAUGAAGAAGGAAAGAAAAUUUUUGAACUGCAAAAAGAACAAAUUACUUUAGUUCUUGAAGCCUAUAGUGCCAUUUACUUUCCUGGUUUAAGAUUUAUACCAACUAAAAAGAACAGAAGAAGGUACAAAGUGGACAAGGAAAUCAAAGCCAUAUUACGUGGCCUAAUUCGAAAGAAGCAAGAAGCCAUGGAAGAUGAGAAAGAAGUAGCCCAAUUGGAUUUAUUGGGUUUACUUCUACAAAAAUGUCAACUAAAAGAUCAAGCCGUUGAUCAUGAUCAUCAAGAUGAUGUCUUGACCGUUGAUGAUGUGAUUGAGGAGUGUAAGUUGCUCUACAUUGCUGGUCAAGAGACCACUGCCAUCUUGCUGACGUGGACUAUGAUUGUACUGUCUAUGCAUCCCAAUUGGCAACAAAAGGCAAGAGAAGAGGUUUUACACUUGUGUGGAAAACAAACACCUGAUUUUGAUGCCAUUAAUCACUUCAAAAUUGUAACGAUGAUAUUCUAUGAAGUUCUAAGGUUGUAUCCACCGGUGACUACACUCUAUCGGUACACAAAACACAAAACCAACAUUGGAGGAAUGAAAAUUCCGGCAGGGGUUGAGACAGUGCUCUUCAUUCUCUCUCUUCAUCACGAUCCUAAGUAUUGGGGUCACGAUGCAGCAGAAUUCAAUCCCGAAAGGUUUUCGGAGGGAGUUGCCAAGUCAUCAAAGGAUGAUCAGGCGGCCUUCUACCCUUUUGGUUGGGGGCCAAGAAUUUGUUUGGGGCAAAAUUUUGCAAUGAUAGAAGCCAAAAUGGGGUUGGCUAUGAUUCUCCAACGUUUCUCAUUUCAAUUAUCUCCUUCCUACACACAUGCCCCUUAUCAACACCUUACUCUUCAACCACAAUACGGUGCUCCAAUUAUAUUGCAACCUCUCUAAAUUUUUGUAUGUGUUUUACUUUUACUCGCAACACAGUUUAUGAUUAAAAGUGAAAAAUUUGUGACUAAAAAUAUUGUAUUCACUAAAAGUUUUAUUUAAUAAAAAUACAUUUUAUUCUGACUAAA